GACUAGCGAGAGGGCGGCUAACGGCGAAUGGCUGUUCCAACCACACAGCAUUUUGUUCCCCCGCCCCAACCACUUUAUACAAUUAUUCCUCCAGGAGACCAUUUGUGGCAGCAAGAAACCUAUAAAGUGACACUAACUAAAUAAUACCGGCUUGAGAGGUAUCAGUUAAUCCUGUAUAUAAUAGAGAGACUCAACAGUGUGGUAGAGAAUUGAGCUUCGAGGAAGACUUGAACAGCCUCUACCACAGUCAGUAUACUGGCACACCACACCACACCCCAUUUGGCUUACAUAUAUGACCUGUGUGAAGGAAAUAACCCAAAAAUUGAGAAAAUUACACGAUUACACGCCACUUUUCCCUUGGUGGAGAAAGGCGGGGAAAGAGAAGAGGAAGAAGGAUAGUUUAGUAAAGGAGAUUGUGGUGAAAAGUCGUCAAAAUUAACGUUAUAAUAUUAGUUGAUCAGCAAACAUGGCGUGCUGCUUAAGUGAAGAAGCCAAGGAACAGAAGAGGAUAAACCAAGAGAUAGAACGACAAUUAAGGAAGGAUAAGAGAGAUGCAAGAAGAGAACUUAAACUACUCUUAUUGGGUACUGGAGAGUCUGGCAAGUCAACAUUCAUCAAACAGAUGCGUAUUAUCCAUGGUGCUGGUUACAGUGAUGAAGACAAGCGAGGUUUUAUCAAGCUGGUCUUCCAGAAUAUUUUUAUGGCCAUGCAGUCUAUGAUCAGGGCCAUGGAUCUCCUACAAAUAUCGUAUGGGGAUUCAGCUAACAUUGAACAUGCAGAUUUGGUACGGUCAGUGGACUAUGAGAGUGUAACUACAUUUGAGGAACCAUAUGUCACUGCCAUGAAGUCCUUAUGGCAAGACACAGGCAUCCAGCAUUGCUACGACCGGCGCAGAGAGUACCAGCUCACAGAUUCUGCAAAAUAUUAUCUUGAUGAUUUGGAGCGUAUCAUUGCAUCGGACUUCUUACCGACCGAGCAGGAUAUUCUUAGGGCUCGAGUACCAACCACUGGGAUCAUUGAGUACCCCUUUGAUCUGGACUCAAUCAUCUUUAGAAUGGUAGAUGUGGGUGGUCAGCGAUCUGAGCGACGGAAGUGGAUCCAUUGCUUUGAGAAUGUUACCUCCAUCAUCUUCCUUGUUGCUCUCUCUGAAUAUGAUCAGAUUCUGUUUGAAUCUGAUAAUGAGAACCGAAUGGAGGAAUCCAAGGCCCUCUUCAAGACUAUCAUCACCUACCCCUGGUUCCAGCACUCUUCUGUUAUCCUUUUCCUUAAUAAGAAGGAUCUAUUAGAAGAGAAGAUCAUGUACUCACAUCUUGUGGACUAUUUUCCAGAAUAUGAUGGCCCACGGAAGGAUGCCAUUGCAGCCCGAGAGUUCAUCCUACGGAUGUUUGUAGAAUUAAAUCCUGACCCUGAGAAGAUUAUCUAUUCCCAUUUCACAUGCGCGACAGACACUGAGAACAUAAGGUUCGUCUUCGCUGCUGUCAAAGAUACAAUCCUGCAGCUAAAUCUAAAGGAAUACAACUUGGUGUAACGUUGAGCUAUGCUCAGCUGGCUGAGAGUGUACACUAGGUGAAGUGACAGCAUAUUCCCUUUUCCUGUAAGGGGCUGUCGGCUGAGGUUAUCACUUCAUCACCCUUACAUGGACACUAUAACCAAUUCUGUAAACAAGGCAGUCAUAUUUUGCAUCUACAAACCCAUUUUCAGUGUCCCAAGAAAUAAAGGCUCUUUGCUUUUUUUAUAAUAAUUGUUUUAUUAUAAUUAUUAUUGUAAGUAUUCAGAUUAUUAUUUUUGUUAUUAUAAUUAUUAUUAACUCUUCAAGAUUGUGGGAGCCUUAACUUUACUUCCAAGCCAAGCUAUCCUUUUUGGGACAGCUUUAGCUAUUUGCAAAUAGCCUAAUUAGGUGAUGUUCUGAUGCCAAAGGGCCUUGAAACUUUCAAAUAUGUAGUUCCAAUUUAUGUAACGUACGCCAUUUCCAGUCCUGAGUUGCGUACAGUGUCUGUUAACCCAAAGUCUUACACACCCAGAAGGGGCGGAUGAAUUAGUCCAAUGCCGUGACUAGUUCUCUCUAUGACUGUUACCGUGCUGCCAGAAUGGCCGCCCCUACCCACGUCCUGUGCUCAUUACCAACGCUGCCAACGAGCCUAGUGCUCACUGGUCGUAAAGGUGCUCCUUAAGCCCCAAUUCACGCGUGUGGAUAUGUGUGUGUCGCUUAAGCCACACUCAGCUGCUGCUACAUGUACGUAACUUGGAGCUGAUGUUAGUGUGUAUGCUGAUGAACAUCGUGGGCUGACACACUCCACACCUAACGAAGUACUGCUCCAGCCUAUUUUUCUUGCCUUUGCGGGAAAGUUUGCUUGCCUUGCAGGUGAUUGUUAGGAUGUUUCGUGUUGGUGGCUUUUGUAUAUUACACAUAUAUAAACAUUACGUGGUCUAACGUUCAUCUUUAGUGUGUGAUAUUCUGUAGUUGAUCAUGAGAGGAGCUAUCCAUUAUGUAUAGGCCUGCAAAGUUUCCUGGAGGUUAAGGAAGAAAGAAAUGUUUGCUACCAAAACUUUAUGCACCUCCUAUGUUAUGCAUCUGGACCCAAAGAAUGUAGAGCACUGAAACCAACAGAAUGAUGCAACAGCCUAAUGCAGUGAGUCCUAUGGCAUCCAAAGUGUGAAAAUUAAAUGAGAAAGUUGACAGAACAACAGAAGAUGCUGUUCCGAAGUAAGAAUAUUUGAGUGACAUAAGGAAAUAAGUACUACAGUGCUUAGCAGCCAUUGACCUUCAGUUUACAAAAAUCUGAGUAAUUCUGAUUUUGAGUACGAGUUGCUGUUGUACGUGUGGAACUAUGUCUAUCCCUGCAUGGGCAUAAGUGCUUGUGAUAUAUUGGUGGUAGCAAAUAUGGCUUUUACAUGUCUCAUAAGGUAGCCUAUUCUCUCCUAUCUGGUGAAAGGCCUAACCAGGCACUGACAAUACCCACCAAGUGACACAGAAGCUAAUAGGUGAGGUGCUACAGACUAUAUAGGCUCUGAAGUAUCUACUCUUGCCUCGAAAAGUGCAAUUCAAAGUUAGCUGACUCGGAGCUGAGACUUAAGACUCUUGUGGCUUAUGCGAAAGUGAGCCUAGACCGGUAUUUUUGAGUAUCACUAGCCAUUUACUGAUAAUCAUGCUUGUAUGUGACGUGUGUUCAAUGCAACCUGGGCACAAGGGUGUGCCUGCAAGCGUGUCCAGCACUGUCCUCAUUGAUAGUAUGUUGAUUAAUGAUAAUGAGAGUGAUGGUGAUGAUUGUUGAAUGAUGAUGACUGUAGACGGAAGCACUAGUCAGUAUGGGUGUGGGUGAACCCAAUUGCCCACUGCUCAUGUUACUUGUAUAUAUGUGUCUGUAAUAAUAACUAUUAGGUGUAUGGGUGCGGAGAAGACUGGCAAGCCCUCGUGGAUUGUCAGUAGAGAAGGUAGUGAAUGAGCAGAUGCAGAGAGUAAAUGAACAGACCAUGGACAAAGACGUUCCAAAAAGCUUGGCGCACCCUAGUAAAAGGGCUGUGUGGAAAUUCUAGUCUCUUGUGCCAUCAGGUGUUUCUUACUAGACAAGCCCAAUCUGUUUUGGGCUGGUCUGAACCUGGCCAUUGUGGCAGACAAACACAGAUCAGCUGGUCAGGGAGAGAAAACCCAUAGAUGACAGCUGAGCAGAGCAGGCAAAGUAGUUCAUGGUGAACUUUUGCCUGCAGCAUAGACUUAGCUCAAUCCCCAGCCAUGUGAGGUACGCAUGAGACGUACGCAUGGACGUGUGCUUCUGCUUGCAGGUUCUGCCAUGUUUGUUGGGCUGCUUGUAUAAUUAGUAGAGACUAGUAUAAUUACACACAGCCCUUGAAAAGAGCCUUUACCUUCCAAUCGUUUGUACACUUGUUGUUAUAUUCUAUUAACUUCAGGUUGCAUUUUGUCUAUUGUUUGUAGUAUGUACAGAACCAGUAAGGUAUUAUUUUUAUUCAUUAUCAUUACUUUUAUGGACUUGAAAGAAUGUGUUGACAAGUAAUUAUCAAUCAUGUGUAUUCAAAAGACUUGUACUAAGGUUUAAAGAAAUUGAGAACCCCAUAUGUACCAAAGUAUAACUUGACUUUAUUUUUGAAGUGGCCGAUAUGUAGCACGCGGCAGCAGCGAGCGGGGGAGGCACCCACAAUGCCACCUAACCUGCCACCCUGUCCUGGUUAAUAGCUUUAGCCUUGCCUCCCGCCUUGCCCGCCCUGGGUCAUCCCCUGGCCUUGGGGGGGCAUGGCGAUCUAGGCCCCAGGACAGCAGUGGCAUGGGGGGGCCAAGGCCCCAGUCUCCCCCCUGAAGGACCCCGGCCCCUCCCUGGCUUGUUGUUAAAGGCAGGAUGUAACCAGUACUAGCACACAAUAGCUAAAGCUGGCAACAUCUUGCUUUGCCUCCCUCCUGCUGCCUGACCAUCACUCAGCGGUGACUGGUUGGGCACAGGCGUGUGGGCAGCAGGUGGCAUAACCUUAAGGUCAACAAAACCGCUGCUGCCUACACCACCGCCCGUCUUCCGCGUUGCUUCACCCACACCAACUCGGCUCACUCUACUAUCCAUUAAGCUUCAGACCGAAAGAAUAAGGAGGGAUUUGUGUUUUAAGAAUAAAUAUUUAUUGAAACAAU